AUGGAUCAGAGUUUAACUAAAACAGGCAGAAAGCCGCUCGGAUCAAGUUUGAGCGAGAGUGUCAUAUGGGUCACACUCAGAAGGAGUCACUGCAGUCCCGUGCUCCGUCCCGAGGAGAAAACCGGUUUUCUUGUCCGUGAUGCGAUCGCCGUCUUGAACCUGUCCAACAACAGCCUUCGGGAGGUUCCUGAUGAGAUAUCCCGAUUCUCCUCCCUUAAAUCACUCGACCUGAGCAAGAACAAUUUCGGCUCCGAAGAUGAGCAAAAUCGGGUUGGCUUUUUUGCAAGAAAACGAAGAACCAAGCUCAACAACGAACUACUGCCGAGCAGUCUAGUCAAACUCACCAGCCUUCAACAACUAAAGAUGUCAAGUUGUGGACUCCGACAGAUACCACCAGUUAUUUUCCAGCUGGGUAAUCUCCGUGUGCUAGAUAUUAGCAGAAACAGUAUUGCUACCAUUUCAGCUGAGAUUGGAAAGCUGAGUGAACUGCGUCGCCUGGAUGCGUCACACACCUCACUACUGGAACUUCCUACGGAACUGUCAAUGUGCACAAAAAUGACACACAUAAAAAUUUUCGCAACCAAAAUUUGCAAAUUUUCGGAUGACUACAGCAAAUUUGAUAUGUUAAAGUUUUUCAAUUUCAACUUUUCUGCGCUUCUGGCGCCGACUAGUGGAACCGGCAGUGAAACGGAGGCUUCAAGGCAACUUCCCAUCCCAUCGGAAUUUCCUCCUGAAACCGAUGUCCUUCCGAAGUUUAUCUUUAAACUUCCGAACCUAAGGAGGUUCUACAAGAUGCGUUUUAGUCGUUUAGCUUUUGAUGCACUCCAGAGAAAUUAA